CGUCCUGGAGACAUUCUGCUGCGUCGGAGUCCCCCACCCCGGUCUGAGGCAUUCAGCAACCUUCACGAGGACACAGCCAGGCGGCCACUGAGAAGCGCGACCCCCUUGCGGGGUCAGCCCCCACCACAGUGGAGUCUUCCGCGUGAACCAACCCGAGGAAGGUCCUCCCCUCGCUGGCAAGGAGGCUGGCCGGCGGGUCCUGCCGCCGCAGAUACGCAACCCGGUGUUUUAAAGCCGCAUUUAACGGCGUCCUUGACUGUCCAGAACACUCCUAAACACCGGGAGCGCGCCGCUCUUGACGGUGAAACUAUGAAGCCAAAGGCCAGCUGUGUCCAGAAUCCCAACUGCAGCAUCAUGGUGUUUCGUCCAACCAAAGAAGAGUUCGACGACUUCGACAAAUACGUCGCGUACAUGGAAUCCCAAGGCGCGCACCGAGCGGGCGUGGCCAAGGUCAUCCCGCCCAAGGAAUGGAAAGCGCGGGAGACCUAUGACGACAUCAACGAGCUCUUGGUGGCCACGCCCCUCCAGCAGGUGGUCUCGGGGCGGGCCGGCGUGUUGACUCAGUUCCACAAGCGGAAGAAGGCCAUGACCGUGGGCGAGUACCGCCGCCUGGCCGACAGCGAGAAGUACCGGACCCCGCCUCACCUGAGCGUCGAGGACCUGGAGCGCAAGUACUGGAAGAACCGCCUCUACGCCGCGCCCAUCUACGGCGCGGACGUCAGCGGCUCCCUGUUCGCCGGGAGCACGCGCCAGUGGAACCUCGGGCACCUGGGGACCAUCCAGGACCUGCUGGAGCAGGAGUGCGGCGUCGUCAUCGAGGGCGUCAACACGCCCUACCUGUACUUCGGCAUGUGGGAGACCACCUUCGCCUGGCACACGGAGGACAUGGACCUCUACAGCAUCAACUACCUGCACUUCGGGCAGCCCAAGACGUGGUACGCGGUGCCCCCGGAGCACGGCCGGCGCCUGGAGCGCCUGGCCCGGGAGCUCUUCCCGGGCAGCGCGCGCGGCUGCGCGGCCUUCCUGCGGCACAAGGUGGCCCUCAUCUCGCCCACGGUGCUGCGGGAGAGCGGCAUCCCCUGCAGCCGCGUGACCCAGGAGGCCGGCGAGUUCAUGGUCACCUUCCCCUUCGGCUACCACGCGGGCUUCAACCACGGCUUCAACUGCGCCGAGGCCAUCAACUUCGCCACGCCGCGCUGGAUCGACUACGGGCUCCCUGUGGCCCCUGAAGUGGACCUCCCACUCCAUAGGCUGCCGUCAGAUAUUGCAGUCCCUCUCCGGCCCCUCAACCCCCUCCUGAUCGUUGGUGUGUCUGUCUGUGGCCACGUCUGGGGUGGCACAGUCUGA